GGGUGAUAUACUGUGCUUCUCGUCGAGUAGUUGUGAGAACGUUAUUGUGGUUUGUUCGCAAAGCUUAGUUAGAGCUACAAGUUUAAAGGAUUUGUUCUUUGACGUCGGUGAUUUGGUCAACUCAAAAAAAGGUGGGACGUGUAUGUAAAGGAACAAAGUAGUCUGCAAUUUGGAAGUAAUGGAUUCUUUUGCAAUGAUAUCCAAUCAAGCAAUAUAUUGGACUUACAUCAAUUGACAUGAUAAAUAAUAAAACCAGAAAUAUUUCAUUGAAUGGGAAUGUCCUUAGAACACUCAAGACUAAACAAGUGGUCACUACUGGAGAUUUAAAAAAGAAGUCUCUGUCUUCCCAACAUUGUUUAGCAUUUAGUGGAUUAUCAAAUAUUCCAUCAGGCAUCAAACAGUCUACUGGUAUCCAGGAUAUUAAGUCUUCCCAGCAGCAUUUAAAACAGUGUUCAAUUCCACGACCUACUUGUCAGAAUGGAAAUUUGUUUAAAACUGAAAGAAGUGUAGCUGACAGAAGUAGUAGCAGCAUAAAAAAUAUUCCUUUGCAGAAGCAUCCCAACACAUCAGAACAAAUAAAUAUAAGGAAAAGUAAAAGUAGAGUAUCUAAUGCUUCUUGUUUAAUGUCUGGAUCUGUACGACGAGGGCAGUUCAAAACGGACCGAACUGUUGUAUCCACUACCAAACAAAAACCUUCUAAACUAUUAGUAAAUAGAGCUGUAAGGGAAUUGCCUUCUCUGGAUGAAACUCAAGAAUUGAAUUUUUCAAGAACUCCAUCUUUUAAGCCUAGUCAAAAAUUUAGAAUGGCGGGUACACAGCAUCAGACAGUAAAAUCAAAGUCUGCAGAAACUAAGGCCCUUCCAGAAAAUCCUAGUGCCAGUGAUUUACAACAAGAGGGAACUGAUAAGAAAGAGGAUUCAUUUAAUGAAAAUAAACCUUUAAGUAAAACAAUUAGUCAAACCCUUAUUUCACGAUUUUCAUUUACUAAAACAGUAAAUAGAAAGCUUAGUGUAGAAGAGUUUUUACCCCAAAGUAAAACAGCUUUGUCAACUGAGUCACCCUCUGAAAUUCAAGCUAUUUCCUAUGGGAGUACUAUCUGUGAUAAGUCUGAAAAUAUAAAUAGAAAUAGUACAGUCAAUGGUGUGAAAAAUGCUGUGUUAUAUUCUAAUUUUGAUAAAACAGACCUUAAAGAAAGGACAGACCAAACAAAUGGUGUAACGAAUACAGAGGAAGAUUACACUAAGUGUGAAUUAGAUAGUUCUCUUGCUAUAAAUGCCACUCUAUCCUCGGUUACAGAUUCAGUAACUGAUCUCAGAGGUGAUGCAGUAGCUGUUAAGAAGAAAGUUGGUCAGGUUGACACUGAUGCAAACAAAACAGAUGAGAAUACUUCUGAGUUGCGUUCUGAAGAAGAUGAAGCAGUGAAAGCAAGGGAUACAUCCUCUGAUGGGCGUUUUCUUAAAUUUGAAGAGGAGAUUGGACGUGGAUCGUUCAAAACAGUAUAUAAGGGAUUAGAUACAGCCACAGGAGUUGCUGUUGCCUGGUGUGAACUUCAAGAGCGCCUAAACAAAAGUGAGCGACAGAGGUUUCGAGAAGAAGCUGAGAUGCUAAAAGGACUGCAACAUCCCAAUAUUGUUCGUUUUUAUGAUUACUGGGAAGUUAAUCUGCCUAAGAAAAAAUACUUAGUGUUAAUUACAGAACUAAUGACGUCGGGAACGCUGAAAACGUAUUUACGUCGAUUUAAGAAGAUCAACUUGAAAGUCUUGAAGUCGUGGUGUAAACAGAUCUUAAAAGGGCUGAGUUUUCUUCAUUCUCGUUCUCCUCCCAUUAUCCAUCGUGAUCUCAAAUGUGAUAACAUUUUUAUUACGGGAACUACUGGAUCGGUGAAAAUUGGAGACCUGGGACUGGCUACGCUGAAAAACAGAUCAUUUGCCAAGAGUGUCAUAGGCACUCCAGAAUUUAUGGCACCUGAAAUGUAUGAAGAACACUAUGAUGAGUCUGUAGACGUAUAUGCCUUUGGAAUGUGUAUGUUGGAGAUGGCCACCUCUGAGUAUCCAUAUUCUGAGUGCAGUGGGCCUGCCCAGAUUUAUAAGAGGGUUACCAGUGCCUACUGUAAAGGAAAUGCUCCAGUUGGACUUCUUCCAGGAGGAUCUAGGUGUGAAGGUCGAAUUUGUGAACCGCGAGAAAAACGUCACAAGCAAUGAUCCCAAAGUUGAACUACUGUUAAGAGUUCUAGAUCCCAAGAAGAGGAAAGACAAGCAUAAAGAAAAUGAGGCUAUUCAGUUUGAGUUUGAUAUUGAAAAUGAUGAUCCUGAAGAAGUUGCUCAG